AGGGGCUAACGUAAAAGCAUACACUGUGCAGUUUCGCGUGGAUAUUGCAAUUGGUUUUCGAGGGGGGACCGACACCGACUGCAUUCACCACCACCAGCAGCAGCACACACCCCUCAGCACCGGUGAUGCAUCCCCGCGGCAAGGGCACGGACAACUCCUCGUUAGAGUCGUCUCGACUUUAGAAUGGUGCAGAAAUCUCUCAACGGGGGGGUUUACCCAACUCAAGCCGGAGAGAAGAAGCACAAAGUCGGGUUUGUUGGUUUGGACCCCGGGGCUCCUGAAUCCAACAGGGAUGGGGCGCUGCUCAUUGCGGGUUCGGAAAGCACCAAGCGGAGCAGCAUCCUCUGCAGACCGAGGUCCAGCAUCUCCGCCGGGAGACCCAGACCGUCGAAGAAAAAUGCCAGCUAUAGGAAACUACAGAAUUUCCUUUAUAAUGCGCUGGAAAGACCGCGGGGAUGGGCGUUCAUCUACCACGCUUAUGUAUUCCUCUUGGUCUUCUCCUGCCUCAUACUCUCAGUCUUUGCCACCAUCAGAGAGUUCAAAAAUAGCUCAGAGAGUGCCUUGUACAUCCUGGAAAUUGUGACCAUCGUGGUGUUUGGGGUGGAGUACAUUGUAAGGAUAUGGGCUGCUGGCUGCUGCUGUCGAUACCGAGGAUGGAGAGGGAGGCUGAAAUUUGCCAGAAAGCCUUUCUGUGUCAUAGACAUCAUGGUGCUGAUUGCCUCAGUAUCUGUACUGGCAGCUGGAUCUCAGGGCAAUGUCUUUGCCACCUCGGCCAUCAGGAGUUUGAGAUUCCUGCAGAUCCUGCGCAUGCUGCGUAUGGACCGCCGUGGAGGCACCUGGAAGCUGCUCGGAUCUGUAGUUUAUGCCCACAGCAAGGAGCUCAUCACAGCGUGGUACAUAGGCUUCCUGUGCCUGAUCCUGGCUUCAUUCCUCGUUUACUCUGUGGAAAAGGAGUUAAAUGAUGAGUUUGAGACCUAUGCUGAUGCUCUUUGGUGGGGACUGAUCACUCUCACCACCAUCGGUUAUGGUGAUAAGGUCCCCAAGACUUGGUAUGGACGCUUGCUGGCAGCCACAUUCAGCAUGAUCGGGGUGGCCUUCUUUGCACUUCCUGCUGGCAUUCUGGGUUCUGGCUUUGCCCUGAAAGUCCAAGAGCAACACAGACAAAAACAUUUUGAGAAGAGACGGAACCCUGCAGCAGGUCUCAUCCAGGCUGCUUGGAGGUUUUAUGCUACUAACCUUUCCCGUACAGAUCUGCUGUGCACUUGGGAUUUUUACGAGCAGACUGUAGCUAUUCCGAUGUACAGAAUUAUUCCACCCCUGAAUCAGCUGGACCUGCUGAGGAAUCUGAAGGGCAAGUCUUUUAGGAAGGAGUCUCAGACAGAGACUUCUCCCAGUCGGAAGGCCAGCCUGAAGGACAAGGUGUUUCCCAGUCCUUCCAAGGCUCCUGUGGCCAAGGGGAAGGCCCAGUCUCCAGGGGCAGAGGAGGGAGCUGAGGCGAGUCCCAGCAAGGUCACCAAGAGCUGGAGCUUCACUGAGAAGAACCGAGGGCCAAAGCACGCCUUCAGAGUCCGGGGCAGCACUUCGCGCCAAAACUCAGAGGUGCUGAUUGAAAUGCAGGAUGAAGACUUUGGACUGAAGAGUUCUCCAGCAAUUGAAGGUUUAAUAAAGGCGAGCCUCCCAGGAGAGGAAAUUGGUGACGAUAAGAGCUGCCACUGUGAGUUUCUCACUCAGGAAUUACCGCCAGGAUUGAAGGUUACAAUAAGGGCAAUCUGCAUCAUGAAGUUUCUGGUGUCAAAGAGGAGGUUCAAAGAGAGCUUGCGGCCUUAUGAUGUCAUGGAUGUGAUCGAGCAGUACUCUGCAGGUCAUCUGGACAUGCUGUCCCGCAUUAAGAACCUGCAGUCCAGGAUAGAUAUGAUUGUGGGGCCCCCUCCCCCAUCAACACCUCGCCAUAAGAAGUCCACUGAAGGUCCUAGAGUUGACCAGAUAGUUGGUAAAGGUCCCAAAGCUGAAGGAGAGGCUGCAGAGGACCAGAGCAUGAUGGGACGUCUGGUCAAAGUGGAAAAACAGGUGGUCUGUAUGGACAGGAAACUUGAUUUCCUGGUCAAUGUGUAUGUGCAGCGUAUGGGCAUCCCUCGUUCUGAAACCGAGGCCUUUUUCAACUCCAAAGACCCGUAUCCAGCCCCACCUUACCACAGCCCAGAGGAGAGCAAAGAGGAGAAGGAGGGAAAAGAGGAGGUGAAGGAGGAAAAGGAAGUGAAGACCUGCACAGCUGCAGAUGUCCCAUGCUCUGAUGGGUCUUUGGAAAAGAAAGAUCCUUUACUGGGUCGGUCUGUGCCGAGAUCGGUAGGUACUCCCUCCGGCAGCAACAGCCGCCCCUCUACCUCUUGGCAGCACCAACUGCAGCACCCCCUCAGCCAACCUGCCUGGAACAGCAGCGUGGCCAACACCCCUUCACCAGUCGGUGGCAGCGGUGAGCACUCUCCCACCCUGUUCCGCCUUCCACCCCCACCUGCUCCGGUUCACGACCGGUCCUCCUCUGGCCUGGGUGGCAACAGCAGAGAGAGCGGCUCCCACAGCAGAAGGCGCCACAGGAGGCAGAGGUGUCAGCAGGAUGCCACCGCUGUGGAGAGUGACACAUCUCUCUCCAUCCCAUCUGUUGACCAUGAGGAGCUGGAGCGCUCCUUCAGCGGCUUCAGCAUCUCCCAGGCUAAGGAGGACUUCCUUGGGCCCUCUUUCUUCACAGGUUCAGGAGGGGGAGCUGGAGCAGGGACUGAGGCUGGAGCUGGACCUUCACUCUGUGCCAGAGUCAGACCCUUCAUAGCAGAGGGCGAAUCAGACACAGACUCUGACCUCUAUGCUCCUUCACCUCUGUCCUUCACUGGAGAGGUGGCCAGUGGAGACAGAGCAUGGCCAGCACUGAAGUAGGCUGGGAAGGAUUGCUCUGCCUGGCAGAGACGUUCAUGGGGAAAGAGAUCAGUGCUUCAGUUGCCAACAGGAGACCUAUCAUGAGCGUGUGUAGCCAGCUGACUGACUGUUGCUGCUGCUGAUGCAGACACAGACUGUUUUAGGUGAAAUGAAUGGUAAAGCUAUUUAUUAUAGAGGAUAGUAAAAAUAUGUUCUUAUAAAAACAAUGAUUUUGUCUUUUAUCAUUUUUUAUGUUUGUGAUGUUACACUUUACAAGCAGUGCUAAAUUACAGUUGUGUUGUAUUCAUCAAAUCAAAAAAAUAGCUGUUUAGGGAAACUUCUUUAACUUAGUUGGGAGCAUUUUUGUUGUAUUUGUUAGUAAUUAAAAAUACAUGUGAGUGUGAUGUAGGGCACUUGAUUUUGCAUUGAACUUGAUAUUGAUUUGCAUCAAACAAACAAGAAUAUCACUUUGAUUUUUGAUUUAAGUGCAUCUCAGCACUUCUUCUGUUAAACACUGACCACUUUAACUUUGAAUACAUAGUGUCAGUAAGUAAUGCAAGAUUGUUAAAGUUUUAUCACGUGGUUAGCAUAGUGUCUUGAUAACUUCUAUACCUUUGAAUGACUUGAGGUGUUAUGAUGCCAAAAUGUUAGCUAUGAUAAUCAAUUAGAUUCUUGCAGAGUAAAAAAAAAAAAAAGCUUGCUUUUCAGCAUCAUUAAUUCAGCCUGGUGUUUACUGAAUACUACAGAAAAACUCUCCUAAAAGUAUUGCGGAUAAUUCCCCAUCAAUACCAGUGAACUUCCUGCAUGGCAUGUUAAAUGGUUGAUUUAAGGACUGUGUUAAGCAGGCUACAAGACCUAACAACAGUGGCAAAAGUCAGCACAAAAACUCAGUGAGCGUUUUUCUUCUGUACAGACAAAGAGCAGUGACUAAAACAAGAAAUUGUGCAUGCAUGACUGGUUUCAAGCUACAAUGUGUUAAUUUUUAAGGAGCUUUGCUUGAAUUCCAAUCAUGUAAAUGCAGCCUGAGCUUGCUAAUUUCAAUGGCUCUUCUUUUCUGGGCAAAUAUGUCCUUACAUUAUGUACACAUCAAAUAUAAAGGCAGAUGUUUAUUGCCACAUACUAUAUGUAUGGAAACAAUGUGGAAAUCAGCUCAUACAUUUUGUAUUGUUAUCACACACAACAUGCAGUGCUGAAGCUGGACUGAGUCAAACAUAUGGGAUACUUGUUACUCAGACAUGAUGGUAUUUAGCCUGCAAUGCAUAGGUCAUUCAUUUAGAUUCUCUGCAGCUAUGUCAGUUCUGCACUAAAUGAGGAAAUGCAAUAAUAAGCAAGCAAGGCAAUCAAGAACUGUCCUUUACAAAUAUCAACAUGGCCUUAUUUUUCACAGCAAAAUCCAUUGUUUUAUAACUUGUUAAUCAGCAAUUUCAUUCUUAACAUUUCAUAAAAGUAAGUACUAUUUCAGGUGUUAUGUAGGUGUUAUAGCCUGAGAGCAGAUGGUGUAGGUGACAAAUUUAGCCACUGGUAAUACUAAAAGCAUGGGAUUCAUAGGAACAUCUGAAGCAUUAAAAUUUCUUGUUAAAACUAACAUAGCAAAUCAACUUUUAACAUUAACACUAAAAUAUGGACAUGAUAACAGAGAAAAUAUAAUUUAGUAGAGACUGUUCACACACUACCCAUAUUUUUCAGAAAAGAAGAAACAAACCUGCUGACAUUUUUUUCGACAGCCCAAAGAGCAGGCCUGUAUGGUUUUACAUGGAACACUAGCUCUUAGUUCAGCACCAUCAUGUAACUGCACCUUCUUCCUCUUCAAUAAUAAAACUUUGUACAUCACUAAAAAGCAUCUUUUUGGUCUUUUUUAAUUUACAUUCUGUGUCAAUAAAGCAAAACUGAGAGAUGUUUUGCUGUAAGAAGUGUAUCAAUUGUAUGGUGUAAUGGCAGCCGUGUUUCACUAGAUGGCCUUCAAGACCUUCAUUUGAGUAGGUG